CGUUACAAGCCAUGGGACAAAAAAAUGGCGCUGAAGUAACUGAAUUCAUUCUCCUGGGAUUCGCUGGUCAGCAUAAGUCUUGGCAUGUCUUUUUCACAGUAUUUCUAGUGAUCUAUGUGGCCACCCUAGUGGGUAACAUUGGCAUGAUCCUCCUCAUCAAAACUGACUCUUCCCUUCACACCCCCAUGUACUUUUUCCUCCAAAACUUGGCUUUUGUUGAUCUCUGUUAUGCCACUGCUAUCACUCCGAAGAUGUUGCAUAAUUUGAUGAGCACCAAAAAUUCCAUCUCAUUCUUUGGAUGUAUGGUGCAACUGCUAGUCUAUGGUACCUUUGUAACAAGUGAUUGCUAUAUCCUGGCAGCUAUGGCAGUGGACCGUUAUGUGGCCAUCUGUAACCCACUUCGCUAUGCAACUGUCAUGUCCCAGAGAGUCUGCAGUCAACUCUUAACUGGUUCAUACUUCAUGGGUUUCCUGAACGCUUCUGUCAAUGUAGGUUUUACUUUCUCACUGACAUUUUGCAAGUCCAAUAAAAUUAACCACUUUUUCUGUGAUGAGCCCCCAAUUCUGGCCCUCUCAUGCUCUGAUAUUUACUUCAGCAUCAUGGUACUAGCAGCCUUUGUGGGGUUUAACUUGACAUUCACUAUAUUGGUCAUCAUCUUUUCCUACAUGUUUAUCUUGUCUGCCAUCCUGAAGAUCUCUUCUGCUGCAGGAAGGAAAAAAGCCUUCUCCACCUGUGCCUCCCACCUGACAGCUGUCACCAUUUUCUAUGGAACACUCUCUUAUAUGUAUCUGCACCGUGGUACCAUAGAGUCUCAAGAGCAAGAAAAAAUGGCUUCCAUUUUUUAUGGGGUUGUGAUUCCCAUGUUAAACCCUCUCAUCUAUAGUCUGAGAAACCAAGAUGUAAGAGAAGCCCUAAAAGAGGUUAGAAAAAAGUGUUUCUAGACUGAACAUCAAUUAUGAACUCAGCCAGUCCAGGUUUGAUGCAGGAUACAGGAUGUUUGGGGCUGGU